AAAUUAAUUGAAAAGACUUUCCUCGAGAGCACACUGAGCAAAACUUACCAAAAGACAGUCUAUCCUAAAUUAAUACAGGCCCCCUUUUGCCAUUUUGAAGAAGAAGAAGCUGCUGCAUUUAGCAAUGCUGUAACUCGUCAUUUUCGUCCACAGCUGCCCUUGAGCAGCCUGCCAGAGUCCGGUUGCAGGACGCACUUUGAUGGUCUUGUUGAGUUAGUUAGAUCUGGAUUGAAGUCUCACCAAUGUGGAAUCGAGUGUAGAAAACACGGUGCUCUCUAUAGUAUAGAGAAGAUAUUGUUUGAUUGUAAUUCUGAACAAGGCGUACAUUUCAAUCUGCGGGCUUAUUAAGCUUCACUUUGUCCUCUUAAAAGGAGAGCAUGGUCUUCUCCAUUAAGUAUGAAGUUUCGGAGAAGGACCGUAGCAAGGUGAUCAGCGGCAGCUAUGAGGUCAAGUCGGAUGAAGAUACCUUUAGAGGGCUCGCUGAGGCGGUGGCAGCCAUUUACGAGCAAUCGACCAAUGAAUCGGUUACAUUCUCACAGCUCUACUUGGGGAAAAGUGGCGGAAAAGCUACAAUGCAUGAAGUUCCAGAAGAGACUCUUGAUGGCAGUCUCACUUAUGACCUGAUGUCCGACGUUGUUUGGGUUGUCGUCAAACGAAGCGAGGGAAGGUCAGGCAUUGUUGCAGGCCACCUGGCUCCAAAUAAAGCUGACAAAGCGGUCUUUACUGUAAAGUACGAAGUGUCCAAGGCAGACCGCCAGGGUUUGAUUGACGGAGUACACAAGGUGUACUCGGACGAUGAAACAUUCAAAGGGCUUGCUGACGCCUUGGUGGCAAAGUACCAGGAAGCCACCAAUGAGCAUGUCGACUUCUCCAAGCUGUACCUGGUGAAGAAAGGAGCAGCAGCUGCUAGUACGUUUGAGAUCUCAAAAGAGUCUCUCAAUGGGAGCCUUACUUAUGAUUUGAUGUCGGAUGAGGUGUGGGUGGUUGUCAGAGCAGCUUAGAGAACUGCACCAGCAUCAUGGGAUCAGAAAGGAUAUGUUUAACGUACAUCCUUUCUUGGUGGUAUUUUGUACAUUUAGUCCACGUACACAGAUGUUCGCCGUUAAUAACUCGACUCAGAGAGAUUGCAACUUUUGUAUAGAUAUUAUAUUGUUCGAUGUGAGCUAGUAUCGGAAGAUAUAGACCCUCACUUGACUUCAGCUAUUUAUAUACUGGAGGAUUCCACACGGGACGGGCAGGCUAAUCAGGUUGCCUCCGGUGAGCCUUCGUGGCAGAUGUUAAAACGUGCCUUUGUCAAGGUACAUCACAUAAUUGAUUAUGUCGUAAAGUCAGGGAUGCACGUUUAUGUAGCAAUAAAUCUCUCAUGCAAGAUUACUUUCGUUGCAUAAAAACUUCAACGCGCCAGCAGAUUGAAUCAGCCAACAACUGAAAGUUCAAACUCAACGAAACUUGAUUGGCUUUAUCAGGUUCAAAGCUAGCUACUGGGCGGCAUUUAGUGCUAAUUCCGAAUUAGUUUUGAGGAUCUGUUUGUGUUAAGCACGGUACACCGUACAAUCCCGAUCAAGAAUUCCUUAUGUGAGCUAUUAUUGAAUAUCCUGC